GUGUUAGUAUGCAAAGUGCCAACUACUUCCUUGGAUACUGCGAUUCGGGAGGAUAUCACGGAUGUAUUUUCCGAGGAUUUUCCCAGACGCUGUUUAUGAUGGCGUCCCGUCUGAUGGUGAUGCUGAUGUCUUUUGACCGUUUCAUUGCCCUGAGGUAUCCGUUUAAGUAUCAGCAUUUGAUGUCCAAAAACAGGGUCAUUGGUGCUGUCGUGGGACUCGGACUUUAUGCAAUUUUUGUGUCCAGUUUGCCACUUAUGGACGUCAACAGCUAUGGUUUUCAAUCUUGGUGCGACUUUCAUUGGAACGAUAGAACAACUGGAGGGAGAUUUUUUGUACUCUACUUUGUAUUUGAAGGGUUUGCUUGUAUCGUGGUAAUCCUUUUUUGCAACAUCUCAGCAAUCUAUGAACUUCUGAGCAUGAAGAAAAUCCACCCAGCUGAAUCAGCGUCCAGACCAGAUAAAGAUCAGAUCAAGUUCAUCGUCAUGAUGGUGGCUAUAUCCGUUGUCUACAUAGUUUUCUCGGUUCCUCUCUUGAUACGUCUAUUCUGUAACCAGUUGGGGAUCAAUCUUUCAAAACAGAAGGACUUUGUGGGAAUCCGUUUAAACAUUGUCAACAACAUGAUGAACGCCCAUCUAUUUUUGUUCAUCCAACUUUUCUUUCACCCAAAGCUACAUAAAAUGUUGAGGAGAUGUUGUGGCAAAGAAGUGGAAGAUGUAUCUGAUCCACAAAACACGCGUUCCACAACCGCGUAGUGCGUUAUAUCAUUUAUGUUGUUAUUUGUUCCUUUUAUAUUUUGUUGUUGUUGAAAAACGAUUUCUUCCAGGACAAAUAUGUGUUGUACUGAUAGGGUCAUGUGCAAAAGUGCAACUUUUGCACAUGGUUCUAACGGGACGCCAUACAAAUAUCUAUUGGUACUCUCUUUAAUGUUAUAUUCUAUCAAUUGGUGCAUGUUUAUCAGAAUAUCCUUUUACUGCUAUUCUGAUUUUUAAUGAUCUCUUUACCCUGCUGGUUUCUUUAGUGAAUGAAGUGGGUUGACUUUGUGCUAUGCUAUCGUAUGUCAUAUUGACAAGAAUGUAAUGCCUUCAACUGCAAGACGCCGAAAGACUUCGUGCGAUAAUUGCCAUUCCCGGCUUUGAAAUUUAAAUAAUGCUAUGUGAAUGAAAAAUUCAGUCAUUUCCGUUUCAAAAAUCCGUGAAUAAAACCAUAUCUCAGAUAGUUGCAAUAUUAAGUGUAAAGCGUAUUCAUCUUAAUUUGAUCGUGGUUCACACGACCUCCACAUUUUCUAAAACCAUUGUAAUUUGACCUGUUGAUCUGUCCAAGAAAAAUGGUGUGAAAUCCAUGCUUGUGACAGUGAAUUCAGGACCCUCUCUUUAGAUUAUAAUUCGUUUCAUAUCUAAUAUUUUUCAAUAUGAAUUCAUUUUA